UAUGUCAAUGGACGUAUGGCAUUUGAAAAAUUAACAGAUUUUGAUUUUAGUGGUACAACAUAUUAUAGUGUUAAAAAUUUAUCACUUUAUGAAUGUCAAGGAUGGUGUAGAGAGGAACCAGAUUGUCAAUCGGCAGCAUUUAGUUUUGUUGUUAAUCCAUUAUCACCAACACAAGAGACACAUUGUCAAUUACAAAAUGAAUCAAGUGCACAUAAUCCAACAGCAUUGGCACAACGUUCAGCUAAUAUGUAUUAUAUGGUAAAAUUACAAUUACGUAGUGAUAAUGUAUGUUUAAGACCAUGGUCAUUUGAAAGAGUACCAAAUAAAAUAAUACGUGGUCUUGAUAAUGCAUUAAUAUAUACAAGUACAAAAGAAGCAUGUUUAUCAGCUUGUUUAAAUGAAAAACGUUUUGUAUGCCGUUCAGUUGAAUAUGAUUAUAAUAAUAUGAAAUGUGUAUUAAGUGAUUCAGAUCGUCGUACAACAGGUCAAUUUGUACAAUUAGUUGAUGCACAAGGUACAGAUUAUUUUGAAAAUUUAUGUUUAAAACCACAAUCAGCAUGUAGAAAUAAUCGUAUAUUUACAAAUCCAAGAAUUGGUGUAUCUGAAGAAAAAGUAGCACAAUAUGUUGGUUUACAUUAUUAUACUGAUAAAGAAUUACAAGUAACAUCAGAAUCAGCAUGUAAAUUAGCAUGUGAAAUUGAAACAGAAUUUUUAUGUAGAUCAUUUUUAUAUUUGGGACAACCACAAGGUUUACAAUACAAUUGCCGUUUAUAUCAUUUAGAUCAUAAAACAUUACCAGAUGGACCAUCAACAUAUUUAAAUGGUGAACGACCAUUAAUUGAUCAUGGUGAACCAAUUGGACAAUAUUUUGAAAAUCAAUGUGAAAAAGUAACAGCAUCAUCAGCAUCACCAUUAAGUGGUAGUAAUAGUGGUGGUCAAUCACCAUCAGAUCAUACAUUACCAGUUACAUUAGAUGCAACCGAAGAUCCAACAUUAAAUAAUUUAACAAGAAAUGAUGUCAACUGUGAUAAAACUGGAACAUGUUAUGAUGUAUCAGUUCACUGUAAGGAUACAAGAAUCGCUGUUCAAGUGAGAACAAAUAAACCAUUUAAUGGUCGUAUCUACUCAUUGGGACGUUCUGAAACAUGUAAUAUUGAUGUCAUUAACUCUGAUUCAUUCCGUUUAGAUUUAACGAUGGGUGGACAAGAUUGUAAUACACAAAGUGUGUCUGGUGUUUAUACAAAUACAGUUGUUCUACAACAUCAUAGUGUUGUUAUGACAAAAGCUGAUAAAAUUUAUAAAGUUAAAUGUACAUAUGAUAUGAGUUCAAAGAAUAUUACAUUCGGAAUGAUGCCAAUUCGUGAUCCAGAUAUGAUUCAUAUUAAUUCAUCACCAGAAGCACCACCACCAAGAAUUCGUAUUUUGGAUACAAGACAACGUGAAGUUGAAACAGUAAGAAUUGGUGAUCGUUUAAUGUUCCGUAUUGAAAUUCCUGAAGAUACACCAUAUGGAAUUUUUGCUCGUUCAUGUGUUGCAAUGGCUAAGGAUGCACGUACCAGUUUUAAAAUAAUUGAUGAUGAUGGUUGUCCAACAGAUCCAACAAUAUUCCCCGGUUUUACACCCGAUGGAAAUGCUUUACAAUCCGUUUAUGAAGCAUUUAGAUUUACAGAAAGUUAUGGUGUCAUUUUCCAAUGUAAUGUAAAAUAUUGUUUAGGACCAUGUGAUCCAGCUGUAUGUGAAUGGAAUAUGGAAUCAGUAGAAUCAUGGGGAAGGAAAAAACGUUCAAUUGAAAGUAAUGAGACCAAAGAAACUGAAGAUGAUAUGAAUAUUUCACAAGAAAUUUUGGUACUCGAUUUUGGUGAUGAAAAACGUGAUUUCUUUAGAUCUGAUCCAAGUGCAGAUUUUUCAAAAGAUAAGACUGUUACCAUUAUUGAGCCAUGCCCAACAAAAACAUCAGUCUUAGCAUUAGCGGUAACAUGUGCUCUUAUGAUUUUGGUUUAUAUUUCAACGCUUUUCUGCUAUUAUAUGAAAAAAUGGAUGCAACCACAUAAAAUUGUAGCCUAA